GCACAAGCUGGGAGGAGGUAGCGGAGAAAGCAUCUUGGUGUCGCAGCUUCAGCACGGGCUGACGCUGGAAUUUGAACACAGCGAUUCACCCCGUCGGCUUCGUCUCGUGCUUAGCGAGUUACUAGCAAUUAUGAAUAAGGUGUCAGAAUCAAAUGGUGAGUUUUUUCUGAAAUCUUCUGAGCUCUUCGAGAGUCCUGUUUAUCUGGAGGAGGCAGCAGAUGUUCUCUGCAUUUUGCAAGCAGAGCUGCCAUCGCUGUUGCCGAUAGUUGAUGUGGCUGAAGCUCUGUUGCACGUUAAAAAUGGAGCCUGGUUCCUCUGCCUUCUCGUGGCCAAUGUUCCCGAUAGCUUUAAUGAGGUCUGCAGAGGUUUGAUUAAGAAUGGUGAACGGCAGGAUGAGGAAAGUGUUGGAGGUCGUCGUAGAACAGAAGCACUUCGCCACCUGUGCAAAAUGAACCCUUCCCAAGCUCUGAGAGUCCGAGGCAUGGUGGUGGAAGAGUGUCAUCUACCAGGUCUUGGUGUGGCUUUGACCUUGGAUCACACCAAAAAUGAAGCUUCAGAUGAUGGAGUGAGUGACCUGGUGUGUUUUGUGAGUGGUUUGCUACUUGGAACAAACGCAAAGGUUCGAACUUGGUUUGGAACUUUUAUCCGAAAUGGCCAACAGAGAAAAAGAGAUAAUAUCAGUUCCGUGCUUUGGCAAAUGAGGAGGCAGCUGCUCCUGGAGCUCAUGGGAAUCCUUCCCACGGUUCGCAGCACACACAUUGUUGAAGAAGCAGAUGUUGAUACGGAGCCAAACGUGUCUGUGUAUUCCGGACUGAAGGAAGAGCACGUCGUGAAAGCCAGCGCAUUGUUACGUCUCUAUUGCGCUUUGAUGGGAAUUGCUGGGCUGAAGCCAACUGAUGAAGAAGCGGAGCAGCUGCUGCAGCUGAUGACCAGCCGGCCUCCCGCAACUCCAGCUGGUGUUCGCUUUGUAUCUCUUUCCUUCUGUAUGCUUCUGGCCUUCUCCACUCUUGUCAGCACGCCGGAACAGGAGCAGCUCAUGGUAAUGUGGCUUAGUUGGAUGAUAAAGGAAGAAGCUUACUUUGAAAGCAUUUCUGGUGUGUCUGCUUCUUUUGGAGAGAUGCUUCUCUUGGUAGCCAUGUAUUUCCACAGCAAUCAGCUCAGUGCUAUCAUUGAUUUGGUCUGCUCCACCUUGGGAAUGAAGAUUGUUAUUAAGCCCAGCUCACUCAGCAGAAUGAAGACAAUCUUCACACAGGAGAUUUUCACUGAACAGGUUGUUACCGCUCACGCAGUUCGCGUGCCUGUUACAGGGAAUCUCAGUGCCAACAUUACUGGGUUUUUACCUAUUCACUGCAUUUACCAGCUUUUAAAAAGUCGAUCAUUCACCAAGCACAAAGUAUCCAUUAAGGACUGGAUCUAUCGGCAGCUCUGUGAAACCACCACUCCACUCCAUCCUCAGUUGCUUCCUCUUAUUGAUGUCUACAUUAACUCUAUUCUUACUCCUGCAUCUAAAUCCAACCCAGAGGCCACAAAUCAGCCUGUCACGGAGCAGGAGAUACUGAAUGUUUUUCAAGGACUCUCGGGGGGAGAAAAUACUCGUCUUACUCAACGAUACAGCAUCACAACACAAUUGCUUGUCCUCUACUAUGUCCUGUCGUACGAAGAGGCGCUUCUGGCAAACACAAAGAUACUAGCUGCCAUGCAGAAAAAACCCAAGUCUUACUCAUCAGCGUUAAUGGAUCAGAUCCCAAUCAAGUACCUCAUCCGGCAAGCACAAGGACUGCAGCAGGAGCUGGGAGGCUUGCAUUCUGCACUGUUACGCCUUCUUGCAACUAACUAUCCACACCUCUGCAUCGUGGAAGACUGGAUCUGUGAGGAACAGAUCACGGGCACUGAUGCCUUACUGAGGAGGAUGCUUCUGACUAACAUUGCAAAGAAUCACUCUCCCAAACAGCUCCAGGAAGCAUUUUCCAUGCUGCCUGGAAAUCACACCCAGCUGAUGCAGAUCUUAGAACAUUUAACACUUCUCUCGGCCGGUGAAUUGAUCCCAUAUGCAGAAGUAUUGACAUCAAAUAUGAAUCGCUUGCUGAAUGCUGGAGUCCCUCGGAGGAUUCUUCAGACUGUCAAUAAACUUUGGAUGGUUCUUAACACUGUGAUGCCAAGAAGGUUGUGGGUGAUGACUGUUAAUGCUCUGCAGCCUUCAGCAAAAAUAGUCCGACAGCAGAAAUACACCCAGAAUGAUCUGAUGAUUGAUCCUUUGAUUGUACUAAGAUGCGAUCAGAGAGUUCAUAGGAGUCCUCCUCUGAUGGAUAUAACUUUGCACAUGUUGAACGGCUAUCUUCUUGCUUCAAAAGCUUACCUCAAUUCUCACCUAAAAGAAACAGCAGAGCAGGACAUUAGGCCAUCCCAGAACAAUGCAAUGGGUCCAGAGGCCCCAGAAGUUACAAGGGAAGAAUUAAAAAAUGCAUUGCUUGCUGCUCAGGAUAGUGCUGCUGUGCAGAUUCUUCUAGAGAUCUGCUUACCCACAGAGGAGGAGAAAGCCCAGAGCAGUAAUACCCACAGUUUGCUAAAGAGUGUUCAUAGUACCACGGGCCCUGCGAGUCCUGAACUAGAAGAAGAAGAUAGCUUGCUGUGUAACCUCCGAGAGGUCCAGUGUCUGAUCUGCUGUCUGCUGCAUCAGAUGUAUAUAGCUGAUCCCAACAUAGUCAAACUAGUUCAUUUCCAGGGUUAUCCAUGUGAACUUCUGGCGCUGACAGUGGCGGGGAUUCCGUCGAUGCACAUCUGUCUGGAUUUCAUACCAGAGCUCAUUGCCCAGCCUGAACUUGAAAAACAGAUAUUUGCUAUCCAGUUACUUUCAUUUUUGUGUAUCCAGUACGCACUACCAAAAUCUCUCAGCGUGGCUCGUUUAGCUAUCAAUGUGAUGGGAACCCUACUCACAGUUUUAACCCAGUCGAAGCGCUAUGCUUUUUUUAUGCCGACCCUGCCUUGUUUGGUGUCAUUCUGCCAAGCCUUUCCUCCUUUGUACGAGGAUAUUAUGUCUCUGCUGAUACAAAUAGGACAAGUUUGUGCCUCUGAUGUUGCUACGCAGACAAGAGACUUCGACCCAAUUAUUACACGUCUCCAGCAACUAAAGGAGAAACCACAUGAAGUUUCAGGACUUUGCAAAGAUUCAUCCAACAAAAGUUGUUCAAGGGACAUUGCAAGCAUGGACCCUGAUGUUCGGCUAUGCCAGUGUGUUGAAAACACUAUCAUUGAAAUAAUUAACAUGAGCGUAAGUGGAGUUUAGGAAGAACACAAAUGAAAUUGUACUGUAGCUGGUCCCACAGUCUGUGGUGCCUGAAAUUGGAGAAAGCUGCAAAAGUGGAUUGAGGAACUGGAGCACAAGAAGUCCGUGUUUUUCAUUC